CAUACGUGUUAACAGGCACUUCUGCUGAGCAUGGACCCACUAACGAUGCUUGCUGCCCUCUUUCUCCUACAACUUUUCCAAUGCUCCUAUGCAGCAGAACAAGAUUCCUAUGUGUACCCAACCAUUCUGCAAGAGAGAACAAGACCCGGAAAUUUGAUUCUCCGCCUGACCAACAAUCUAACUCUCAACCUUGAAAAGAGCUCGGUGCUCGCUGAUCAACUACUGCUUGUUACGAGCAGUCACGCAGGACAUCGGACGGACAUGGUUGACACCUCAGCAAUUCAAGAGGUUCUCUACCAGGACGUGCAUCAUCAAUCCUCUCUCACCUUACGCCAGAGGGAAGGCGUGGUGCAAGUCGAAGGUAUUAUCAACCACGAACUGAGAAUAAAGCCUCUACCACAAGACGAACGGUCGUUACAAGAUAAAAUACUGCAUAAGAUCUACAAAGUAGAAGAGAUAGAUGGUACCUAUAUGGAUAUGGCGCAUCAUUACACGGAAUAUAAAGAAGAGGAGCGAUCAGCGAACCAAGAUAAUUUUACUGUGGAGCUUCACGUUAUUUCGGACUCGGUGCACCAAAAAUCAUUUGAGAAAGAUGAUGAGUUAAUUGCUUAUCUGGCAGUCAUGACAAAUGCAGUGAACUUAAGAUAUCUGGACAUGAGAAAUCCACGGAUAAGCUUCCUCCUCGUUGGACUUACACGUAGUAAAGACGAUCCUUUCGCUGAACAUAAGGAGGGCUUCCUUGAUGCCUCAGGUAUAUUGAGAGGACUUAGAGAGUAUAACAAGAAAGGGAAAAUACCUGGAAAUGCUGACAUGGUGUAUCUUUUAACCGGCCAAGAUCUUGCAAAUGGGAAUGAUGGAAAUAUGACCCGAUCCAUAUCAGGAAAAGCAUUUCUCGGACGUGUUUGCACAGUCAGAGGUGUGGGCGAAGGCGAGGACACUGCUAAAGGUUAUACCGGAACCAAGACGAUGGCUCAUGAGCUCGCGCAUAUACUCGGAUCACCGCAUGACGAAGCCCAGCCUAAAAAUCCAGAAUGCGCGUGGUCUCAAGGAUACCUGAUGAGCUACCUCGACGGCGGAGUGAAAAAAUAUCGGCUUUCUCCGUGCAGUGAGGAGAAGAUAAGGACCACGUUCGCGAACCUAACAUCGGAAUGCAUAGAGGUGAAGGCGAAGCAAAACUACCAGAAAGACCACAAGAAGUUCCCUGGCCAAACAGUGGGCGAAGAGUUAUUUUGCAGGUACUUCAUGAAAGAAAGCAAAGGAAGCCAAAACAAGGUGGUAGUGAAAAAGAUUCCCGAGCUUACCAGUAAGUGCGAAAUUAAAUGUUGCCUUACGGUUGACGGCCAUACCCGCUGCCGAAGAGCAAAAAUGCCAGCUGGCAUGGCGUGUGAUCAAGGAAAGACGUGCAAAAGAGGUGUCUGUGGAGUCCACACUUGGGAAUAGUUCAAGUAAAUUUACGUGUUUUUAUUCUAUGGGCUGGCACAAAUUAACUAUAAUUUUCCCAAGAAAUAAAACACUGGCAUCAAAUUCACCAGAUUUUGCACCUUAACCAAAUGCGCUUUACAGGUACCAUGACCACGUGGGGGCCGCUGGCCACCCUACAAAAUUGUGAGCAAUAUAUAUAAAAUCCAAUUGACCUGUCAUGCGUGUACCAAAAUGGAGAAAAUCACUACAAGGACGUAACAGUAUUGACGAAUUACCCGUAUGCCAGCGGUGUUGUGAAUUAUAAUUUGUUUCAGAAGAAGAAGAUGAUUAACGGUUUUCAGUGAGUCACCUCGGUUUCGUAUGUCACUGUCAAUCCAGAUUUCCCUCUAUCCAGACCAACGGAUUUGAUUGGAUCCGGGAUAUUGUCCAGUUUACUAGGAAUGCUUGUAUGGCGAUAUUUCCAAGUAGAAUACAAAUAAUAUGCACUCUUUAAUUUUCAAACUAAUCAAAGUAGAAAUGUUGAGUUGAGUGUGCUUCAUUGAAUACAGAAUCAGUUCCAGUUUCAUGCAAGCAUGUAUUUCCAUUGACAGUUGGAUAUGCGGUCAUCUCUGCAGCUUGUGACUGCGGAACAACUGCUUCCAGCUGUCGCGUGUAACAUGACAAUGAGAGCGUCACAACAAGAAAACAGCGCGCUGCCAGAUGGUGGGUUAAUGCAAUUGGGUUUUUUUUUUUUUUUGCCUAGUUGGGGCCCACUUCAAGGCUAUGUAUUUAUCUAUUGCCUCGACCACUUCAGUCUUCUUUGCUCACUGCGGCUCUGUGCACAUAGCAGUACGAGGCUUCUUGACUUGCAAAAUGUCGUCAGGGUCAUUUAUUAAAACUGCUACUGAGACAACAAUUAGGCGCCUGAAAAUUUGCUUUACGUUGUUCGUCCCGCCCGUUCGUCUGGUCGGCGCCGUUUGCCUGUCCGUUCAGCUUUGUUGACGACGAGCGUUUUCGUCAACGACAACACAGAUCUGUUAUUUCUCUCAUCGUCAAGAGGCCUGGUUAUCUUAAGGUUAGCCAUUGCCACAUCGGGAAGAACAAUCUCCUUCCAUAACAUUUGAAUCCAUGUCAGGUUAGCAAUGCUCAGUUAUGUGACGAGAGUGCUAACCACUGAUUGAUCACACAAUUUUUUGCUCUUUACUGCAUGAAAAAAACGUUAUUGGGCAUGUAGUGCAAGGCUUUUCGCAGACGGACUCGCCGUGCUGUGGCAUCUGUGUAUGCAUGUCGGAAGCCAUAAUCCAGCUAUAGUGUAGUGGGCAAUAAUUGAGUUACGUGCAUCGAGUAGAGAAUGCCGUAGACAAGAUGAAGGUGUGUUUGCUCACAAUUUUUGCGUUCCUUACUCGCGAAGACAGCGUCGGUGCCACAAAUGAGGUGUGCAUAGGAAUGAUGAUGAUGAGCCUCGAACAUAGCCCGCAACUAUAGUACAGGAUUCGCCGAAAAUGAAGUACGGUAGUUGGUGGAAAUCAACGUGGAAAGGAACGACCACGUCAAUGUCAACAGCAAGGUGACGGCACUGCCAGGUAUUUUACAUAAUUGUUCAAAGUAUUCAGAGCCACAGAAAUUCCCUUCAUAUCACCACUGCAAGUAUACAGGCAGAAUAAAGUCGCUCAUACCUCGUAGGUGGUGCUGUGUCAUUCCGUUCUCAAUACCAGUUUUAGUAAAGGUUUGGGGGUCACAGCUGUUGAAUCACCAGGGGGGAUCUUCACAACGACUAAUCGGCUCGGUAAUGCGAAAAGCCUUUAACACAGCCACAGCCUGCUCACCUGCGGUCCUAAACCUUUAACUUGCAUGAAAACUAAGUUUAUUAAAUUGUUUAUGAACACUUCAAAUAUCACAGUGAUCUCAAAUGUCACCCUCCAGUCAUGUCGGGCAGUUAGGUACUUUGGCUUUGUCCUACUGAACGUCGAAAACAAAUGAAUGUGGCAGUUUUACGCAAGUUCUCCAAACUUCCUGCACUGGCAACGCUACCUGACAAUGAUAAGACACAAAAAACAUGAUGAAUCAUGAUUAUCUGGACCAAAUAUAUACAAAUAGCAAGAUUUUCAACCCCGCUCGUGCAAAAUAGAAAUUAUCAUAAGCCUUCGGCCAAGCAGCUGCGAAUCACAAGUUCAAUAAAAGAGUGCAUUUUGAUUAUAAAUCUCGCCUACUUGUACAAGGAAAGUCUGAGAGUGGUAAUGUCUAUCCAUGUGAGCAGUUCGCAUUCCUGAUAACCUGAUCAGGAUGAGCCCGCUUACAUUACUACACUGUAGAAGCACCUUGCUCAAGUUUGCAUGCUUUUUCUAUGUCUUUCAGCGACAUUGUAAAGAAAACGUCGUUCAGGGCUUGACGGUGUCACAACAGUUCCGAGAAAACAGAUGCUUCUUGGAAAGCAUCGAAGGCUAUAAAUUUUACAUUUAUUGAGCUUUCAUGCGUACCAAGAGCUUACAAAUUGAUCAUCUAGCUAUUAUCGCUAUAUGGAAAGUACAUAAAAGUCCUCUAUAUACCCACACCGAAUCUACGAAAGCACAGUUGUCACCAAACAAUGUAUCGACGUACUUUCAAUGCAGGAGUGUGGAGCAAACUGGCCUGUGGAUCACCUGAGAAUGCAGGCGCAGCUUAAUUCUACUAAAUACUAACCAAAAAACAUUUUCGUUUAAAGUGUAUUAGGACGCGGAUUAAGUACGGUAAAAUAUUUACGCAACCACGUCAGCUAAAAAAAUAUUCACGAUAAAUUCACCAACCUGUGCUCUCAUUAAAAUAUUCAUGUUAUAAUCACUUUAGCAAAAAAAAAAAAACUGCGUUGCCUUCACUUAAGUGAUAUGAUUCUAGCAGGCCGAACAUUCCCUGGGUCAUUUGAUGAGAAAGGGCUUAGCUGUGCUCUUCCUUAUUUUGCUAACUUGCGGACAGUUACUGUGCUUAGAAAUUUAUUAUAAAAAAUUUCAUUACAGUGUUCAAUAUCUGAGUCGCUUCAUGAGGGGAUUCUGAAUUUCUUGUUAAAAAAGUCAGAUACAACGGCUUCAGCGAUGAUGCAAUCCGAUGUAAAUACUUCAGCGGAAGCACUAACUUUUGACCUGGUACCAAGUGUACUCCGUGGAAGGCAGCCGAAGCAACAAACAGAAACCAGUUCCUGUUUCAGUGUUCGUUUUCUCCAUAGAUUCUCGCAAGCCGACCCUCCUUCACUAUAUUGGCACGUGUGCUUGUUUAUUUUUUUCUAGUUAGCGCCUUUCACCGUCUGACAAAUGUUAUCGCUCAGCGCUGGACGCAUCCGCAUGUAUCGGAAGUUUCUCGAAUGCUAUCGAUGGUUUUAUCUUCUGUCUGUUGUCACCAAAGCUUGUGUAACUUGACUGCAUCUGCGACGCGAAUUGUGUAGAAUAUUCUGGAAGACACGCUGCCACCAGCGAAUACUCUGGAACCAUUGAUGACGCAUGCAUAAAAGCUGACGCGCUUGACCGGACGAUAAGAUAAGAUUCCUAUAAUCGCCAACUUGCUUUUGUGGGCACAAGUUCGACCAAUAAAAGUCAGCUUUGUUAUCCA